AUGGAUGGAGUGGAUAACGAGGAAAGAUUUAGCGAGAAUUUAAAAAGCAUUCAGGAAAAAUUACAAGUAGUUCCUUCGGUAGUACAGUUUCCGAUUGGAGCCGGCAAAGAAUUAGAAGGAUUAGUUGACGUAGUAGAACAAAAAGCCUAUUAUUUUCAACUGGGCGACAAAAAAGAAAAUUAUCAAGUAAAAGAAAUUCCCGCUAAUUUAUUAGCAAAAGCAAAGAAAUAUCAAAAGGAACUACUGGAAAAUCUAGGAAAAAUAAUUGAAGAAGACAAAGAAUUAGCCCUCAAAUAUUUGGAGGGUCAAGCAUUCCAAGCGGAAGAAAUAAAAAAACUGCUCCGAAAGGCAACUUUAACCGGCGAGUAUUUCCCAGUUUUUUGUGGUUCCGCUUAUAAGCAAGUAGGGGUGAAAUUAAUUUUAGAUGGGGUGGUUGAUUAUUUACCUUCUCCUUUGGAUAUUGCCAAAGUAUCGGCUUUUUCUCAGCGGGAUGAAAACAAAGAAACUUUGGUUAAUUGUAAUAGUCCUUUACCUUAUUUAGCCCUAGCCUUUAAAAUUGUGUUUGAUGAACAUAAUCAGAGAAUAACCUUUAUCCGAGUUUAUGCUGGAAAAAUUUCCGCCGGAACCCUUAUUUAUAAUGUUAACCGAAAAGAAGAAGAAAGAGUAAAUAGUUUGGUUCGCAUUCAUGCCGACAACAAAAAAAAAAUCGAGGAGGUAAGAGCCGGAGAUAUCGCUGCCGUAAUUGGCUUAAAAUAUACCAUUACCGGCGACACAUUUAGUGAAAAAAAAAAUCCCUUACUCCUCGAAAAUAUUGACUUUGCAGAACCGGUAAUUUCCCAAGCCAUUGAACCUAAAACCAACAAAGAUGGAAAUAAAUUAGCCGAUUGCUUAAAUAAACUCAAAAUUCAAGAUCCGAGUUUUAGAACCAAACAAGACCGAGAAACCGGACAAAUGGUAAUUGAGGGAAUGGGAGAAUUACAUUUAGAGGUUUUAAUGGAAAGAUUGAGACAAGAAUAUAAAGUUGAUAUCGAAAGGAAACAACGAAAAAAAACUGGUGGGAGCGGACAUGAUGCGAGAGUUUGGAUUACUUUUGAACCAAAUGAGAAAGGAAAAGGUUUCAAAUUUGUGGAUGCUAAAAAAGGGCAAGAUAUGUCCAGCGGAGAUGCUGAGGAAGUGAGGCAAGGAAUAGAGGAAGCGGCAUCCUCCGGUUUGCUCUUGAAUUAUCCGGUGGUGGAUUUAAAAGCAACCUUAACCAAAGGAGAAAGGCAUGCCGUCGAUACUAAGCCGGGUGAUUUCAAACAAGCGGCCAUUAUUGCCUUACGAGGUGAUGGCGUAGAAGAAAGGGAAAAAAGAAUUCAAGAUUUAGGAGUAAUUUUACUAGAACCGAUUAUGCAAUUUGAAGUAGUAGUACCGGUAGAUUACACCGGAACUGUUACCGGCGACCUUAACUCCCGCCGUGCUAUCAUUGAAGAAAAAGAAGCAACAGAAGGAAAUAGUUAUAUUCAGGGCAAAAUCCCUUUAAAAGAAAUGCUUAAUUAUUCGACAAUUCUCCGCCAGUUAACCGGAGGAAGAGGAGAAUAUUCAAUGCAACUCUCUACUUAUCAGAAAGUUUCUGAUAGUGCCUGA